CAGGAACAGAUUACCAUGGAGAAGUUGGCCGUCCUUCUGCUUCUGAGUGCUGGCAUUGCACUGGGCGACGCAAACCUGACCCAGCUCCUUGGUUUAGAACCCUUACUGAAGACUAAGGUGGAACAGACUCCUCCUGUCGAGGUUCAGGUAGCAGCAGUGCGGGAGGGGAUAAAGGAAAGUUCAUGUCCCUCAGACUGGCACCCAUAUGGAUCACGCUGUUUCAAGUUUGUCAGCAUUCCACAGUCAUGGUCAGAUUCGGAGCAAAACUGUUUGGCACUUGGUGGGAACCUAGCAUCCGUGCAUAACCUUUUAGAGUACCAGUUCAUGCAAUCACUGACAAAGGACACCAAUGGUCACCUACCUGACACCUUUAUUGGAGGUUUUGAUGCAGUCAAGGAGGGCUUAUGGAUGUGGUCAGAUGGGUCCAGAUUUGAUUACACUCACUGGAACACCGAUGAGCCCAAUAACACUGGAGGAAAAGAGAACUGUCUGCAGAUGAACGCUGCGGGUGAGAAGCUCUGGUUUGACGUGACCUGUGAGUGGAAGAUUGCAUCUCUCUGUUCCAGAAGAAUGUAGGCUAGGAAAUGACCCAGCUACUUCAACUCCCACCUCCAGGGGUCAACAGUCUACACUUCAAUACUCAAACCAAGAUCUGUCACUGACUGCAGCUCACCAACAUGACAAAUAAAACAUGUCAUCACAAAAAAGCU